CUGAUAUGCAAAUUAAUGACCGAUUAAGUGUACGUACAAGUACUUCGAUUAACGACUCUGGAAAAAUGAUGCAGCGUCAUAAAUUGCUUGAAAUAGCAAAUAACUUGACCAUCGAUAAAGAUGGCGAGCCUUAUAACAGCAAAGAAAAAGAAUCACCUAAAGAAUUAUCAAAUUCGAACACUUCAUCACUAAUACGACAUCCGAGUCAUGCUUUAACUCCUGCGAUAUCAGAAGUUUACCACGAGCGCAACAUAGGAUUAGGUCUAGCUCCUCCUUUAUCAACUUUGCUUUUGACCAACGAUUUAAAAAAUGAAAAUGACAAAUUUGAUGGCGAAUUUAAUGAAUUUUUGAAAAGGGAUGAAGGUGACGGUAGAAGUGUGGCUGAUUCUCAAUGCUCCAGUCAUUACAAGGCAUUAACAAAUGGGUCGGAAAAAGCAACUGGUAUGCUGAGAAAAAUGCAAAUGAUGUCAAUCAAGUCAAAUUCUGAUGCGAGUCCAGCAACAGAAGGAGCCGAUAAAGAAAAGAAGGGGUCUAGUAAAAUUGUCAAAAAAUGUUUAUACAGGAAGAAAAAUCCUAAUUAGUCGUUAGUAGAAUGUAACGUCCCCAAAUCCAUCCA